AUGCCUCCGAGAGCACAACCGAAAACAUACAUCCUAUUGCUCAAGACACACAAACUUACGGUCUUCCUCACCGCACCUAUAACGGCCACAAUUGAAUCUCUGAAAGCUGAGGCACUGACAGCCCUGCAAUCCAGUGUUAUCGAUGCGAAACUCUCUAACCCAGAUGGCAUGGAUGUAGACGAGGAGCCGGUUCCCAAGGUGGGAGGCGUGAAGGACUUCGAGCUCAGCAAGAGCAUUAGAGAGAGGGGACGUCCGACCGGGAGGUAUGAGGUGCUGAACCCAGAGGCGAUCGUGCAAAGUGUGCUGGUAAACUGGGAACCAGUCUUUGUGCAAUUCAAGGACGAAAAUGGUCAGCUAUUGCCUGUCAAAGUCGUGAUGCCUUCGUUAUUCGAUGAAGAGGACGAAGCGGAAAUAGCAGCUGCGCGCAAGGGGAAGCGGAAGGCUGCUCCAGAGUCAGCAUAG